CUUUCCGCUGCAGCUGCAGCUAACGUCGCGACACAACCAGACGACUUCUUUGCGCCAACUCGACUCCGCCAGCGACAGCACACUGUAUCCUCACCGCCACGCGACACUAUCUUUACACUCGCCUUCCGCCCCUCGCACCGAACUUCGAGCAUCUUCCGCCUCCGAUUCGCGCGACAGGCGACCCGGACACUUCACCUCCGCCUCUCCGCCGCUGCUGUAUUCAACGUCUGAUGGUCGUGCGAACAGCGUCUUCAGCACUCGGGUGGUGCUGCGACCACCAUGCCGGGCUUCGUUGAAGACGGCGCAGAUGCGCAAGCCCCGGCACCGCCAGAGUACACCGUGCUAAAGCAGCGUGUGGACCUUGAUGUCGAUUUCCCCGGCAAGUCACUUCGAGGCAGCACCGAGAUUACCGUUCAGCCCCUCGUGCGGGAUUUGCGCCACAUCAGCCUGCACUGCCGGCAAUGCAGACCGACGCAGGCGCAAGUGAGCGGGAUCAAUGCGAGGUUCGAGUAUGACGAUCCUUAUCGACGGACACGAGUGGGUGAGAAGACAGGCGUGCACCAGCAUGGAAUGCUUCGUUCUCGGAUACAAAGCGCACUCCGACCACUGCCAGAGGCGCAGCUUGUGGUCACACUCCCACCCAGGUUAAAGAUCCAGGAACUGCGCGUGGAUCCUGCGACAGCGCUGCCCAUUCAAGAGCAGAGAGCUGGGGUGUCGAAGCCGGAUGGAGAUGCUUUGGAAACGCCUGUGAUCGAGAAGUUACAACAACAAAUCCCGCAAUUCGCCCCAAUCAAGCUCACAAUUGAGUUCGAGUUGGACUCUGAUCGGGACGGCAUUCGAUGGAUCGGCUGCAACCCAGGCGAUCAGCGGUACCCAUACCUGUACACCAAAUUGGAUCCUUGGCCAGGGAACUCAUCGAGCAUAUUUCCAUGCGUGGACGACGCGACGAGCAAAUGCAUCUGGGAGAUUGCGAUAAGGUGUCCAAGGACUUUAGGAGAUGCAUAUCGCAAAUCUAAGGCUGAUACGCCGCAAGCGAAUGGACAGGUCCAGGAGGUCGAAGACGUGGAUAUGGCGGAUGGGGAUCAGUUGGUCGCCAAACAAAAAGAAAAGCGAAAGCCUGCGGAUGACUAUUUGAUCGACAUGGACAGUUCAGAAGCCGCACUGGAACUCGCGAUCUUGUGCGUUGGUGAUCAGUCAGAGGACACCGCAGAUCCCGAGGAUGAUACACGGCAUACUGUUACAUACUCUCUCAACGACGCCGUCACAGCACGGCACGUGGGAUUUGCCAUAGGCCCUUUCGAGCAUGUCGAUCUUACCGCCUUUCGUGGCAGUGAGGAAGAGGCGAAAUUGGGUCAGACAGCGGUCAAAGUGGAUGCGUAUUGCUUACCUGGCCGGUCAGCAGAAGUUGAGAACACCGGUUAUCCCAUCUGCCAAGCUGUCGACCACAUCUCCGUCAACUGCGGGCGGUUUCCGUUUUCCACCUACCAAUUGCUUUUCGUCGAUGACAUGAUCUACGACACAGCGGGGGCGGCCGGCUUCACAAUAUGCAGCAAUCGCCUGCUCUUUCCAGCUGACAUCAUCGAGCCUCUUGACCGGCACACCCGCAUAUUGGUCCGAGCAGUCGCAGAGCAAUGGAGUGGCGUCAACAUUGUGCCAAAAGAGCCUUCCGACACUUGGGUCAUUGCAGGCAUAACAGGAUAUCUCACCGACGUAUUCAUGAAGAAGCUGGCGGGUAACAACCAGUACCGAUGGGAACAGAAGCUUGCUGCGGAAAGGGUCUACGACCUCGAUGUUGACAGACCGUCGCUAGCACAACUAGGCUCUUUACUGCAUAUCGACCCAGCCAUUCGCGAUUUCCUCGAUCUGAAGUCAGCCGUGGUGCUGGGUAUUCUGGACCGUCGACUGAUCAAGUCAAGUGGCUCCACUGGAGUUUUUCGCAUCAUCAACAAGAUAUUCCUAAACGCCAAGACUGGAAGUCUUCACAAUGGCGAGCUGUCCACCGCCGACUUUCAGCGCACAUGUGAGAAGCUUGGUCACAACAAGCUGGAAUCUUUCUUCCGCCAGUGGGUGUUCAAUUCCGGCUGCCCCAUCUUCUAUGUACAGCAGCGCUUCAACAAAAAGAAACUUGUCGUGGAGAUGACGAUUGCGCAAAGACAGCUCGAACGCCAGACCAAGCCGCAAUUCGAGCCUUCCAACUUUAUGCGGGAGGUCAAGGAGCACGUGCAAGAAGUAUGGGCACCGGAGGUACAACCCGUUUUCACAGGACCUAUGACGAUACGGAUACACGAAGCAGACGGUACCCCUUAUGAGCACAUAGUCGAAAUCAAGGAACCAAUCACGAAGCUGGAGAUCCCGUAUAACACGAAAUACAAGAGGCUGAAACGCAAUCGGCGGCAGAAAGAACGUGCCAAUGCUGCAGAGGGAAACGUUGGCGAGGAGGGGGGCGAUAGCGCUCUUCUAUACUGCUUAGGCGACAUUCUGGACAGCGAACAGGAUCGGAAAGAAUGGGACCUCACCGAGUGGUCUGCUGAAGACGAGGAGAAGAUGAGUGGAGAAUCCUAUGAGUGGAUCCGCAUGGACGCCGAUUUUGAAUGGAUCGGCAAGAUUCACCUCGUCAUGCCGGUGUACAUGUACGUCUCCCAGCUGCAGCAAGAUAGGGACAUUGUGGCGCAGUACGAGUCCAUGCGAUAUCUCGUAGGCUCCAACCCCCAUCCUGUGUCGCUCACGAUAUUAUUGCGCACACUCAUGGACGAACGGUACUUCUACGGGAUACGCAAAAUGGCAGCGGAUGGCAUUGCAGUCCUCUCUCAGGAUAAGCUGAUGCAUAUCGGCAAGCAUCAUCUUAUGAAAGCCUUCGCAUACUUUUACUGCGAGAACGAGGGCGCUACCGGUCAAAUUAUGCCACGACCGAACGAUUUUUCGAGCAGGAUCACAUUCAUCAUGCAAUGCGCCAUCCCACGAGCAAUGUCCAAACUGCGCGACGAGGAUGGUAAAGUGCCCAUGGACGUGCGGGAGUUCUUCAAAGCGCUUCUCACACACAACGACAAUUCUGAUAAUCCUGUUUCGGACUGCCAUUACGUCGCCACGCUGAUGUCAUGUCUUGCAGAUGCACUGGUAGCUUCGAAGUGGGAUGGUGGUAGAAAAAAGGAAGCCCCUGCGCCGGAGCCAGAGGUACCCCAAUCGUACACAUUCGACUUCGGAGAGGAGGAAGAAGACGUCGGUAUGGCAGAUGUUGGGGGAGCAGUCAAAGAUCCGCUUGAUUUCGAAGAAGAUCCCGUCGACCCAGACGCGCCAUUCACAAAAAGUGCCAUCGAUGUGAUUGAGCGUUAUCGACGACUUGAUGAAUGGAUUGUGACAUAUCAAAAUGUCUACUCCACUACCGCCAUCGAGUGCCUGCAGAAAUUGGUCAAGGCGGGCAUUGUCAAGGACAAGGUCAUGGAGCUGAUGCAGUACACAAGGCAUAGCACUGCUGACAACGUGCGACUGGGGGCUUUUCGCUGCAUGAACGAGAUCGGUCUGACAAGGAAACCAGCCUUCAUGAAGCAUCUACUGUACUCACUAGCGGACGAUGAUUCCCCUUACUUUCGAGAGCGCAUGUUCCGUUGCCUCGGUGAGGCCCUGGGCCACAUUGCUCUCGGUGAGAACGAAACUGAGAAGCCAGCACCUGCACCUGUUAACGACGGUGGGCUGGUCCUGGAAGAGGCUCAAAGUAACGAGGCGAGGCGGAUCGAGGCAACCAGGAAAACCACUCCCGAGGGUGCUAUUGCAGCGCUGAAGAUCGCGUUCGAGAAGGAUGAGGUUUUCAAACAGGCUCUUUGGUAUGCUGCAACAUCGCCGAGCAUUACCUUGGACGAGGUUGGCUCCUUCUGCGAGAUUGCGGAGCUGAUGUUCGACGCUGUCACAUCGCUCACACUGACGAUCAAGUACCCGUUGCCCUGGAAAGUUCAGCAUCUUGGCAAGGGCAAGAUGCGCUUCUACAACUAUGGUACCCAGUACCGAACGAAGCCAUCAAAGAAGGUUGGUCUUUCUUGGGAUGCAUACCAAGAUCUUGAGGCAUAUAAUCUCCAAUACACUGGCCCACUAGCUCGGGAAACACAGCAAGCUAUCAAGGAGAGGGACGAUGCCAAGGCUUUGAAGAUCCGAUUGUCGCAACAGCAGCGCGAACAAAGAGAGCGUGAAAGCAUGGAGGCAACAAUGGCACUGCAGCAACAAGCUUCGUUGUCGAUGCCUCCUCCCGUCAUUCCGCCUACGCCUACUGAGCAGAAGUCAGGGUUCAAGCUCAAUCUUGGUAGCCUGAAGCGCAAAGCUAGCGUAGACAUCGCUUCCCCACGCGAGGCUAGCCCCAAAAUCCCCAAAGCCAGCAAAGCAUCAACUCCAGGUGCUUCCGCCAAGAGUGCCACUGAUGGCAGACGAGGGUCCGCAUCUCUCAAGGCAGGCAGAAAAGGUGGUCCGCCUGUCGUGUUACAGCUUGGUAUAGCCGGCUCCAGGAGGGCAUCGGACAUAGUAUCCAAGCCACCUCAUCCUGGUCGAGGACCAAGUGGGCAGCCGCCUGCCAAGAAGAUUGUGCCAGUUAAAUGCGGCGGACGAAGCAGGCAGAGCUCCUUCUCAGGUCCCGCAACCAACGGUGCAUCGUGGAGCCCUGCGCCACCAAGUUUGACCUCGCCGGCUGGGCCGCAAAUGAACCUCGGUGGCUUCAGGAGCUUCGGUGAUGCUUCUGCAUCGUCAGCCACAGCUGCCCCUGGCGCGGCACCGGCCAUGUCGCCACCUUCGUUGACCGGGUUCCGCUCCCUAUCUGGUGGCGAUGCCGCGUCGCCCCAACCCAUAGCAGCAAGCGGUUUCAGAAGUCUCAGUGGCGAAUCUCCUAGCAUCAGUCCGCCGGCGACUGCCUCACCACACAGUCACGCCCACCCCAGCCCUGGUGUACAAAGCCUUACGGGCGGGGCCAUCACGAGUCUCAGUAGCUUAGGGCAAAAUGGAACGUCAGGAGAUGCGAAGCCAGAGCCGCCUAAGAAGAAAUUCACUUUGAAACUUGGGGUGAAGCCCAAGACUGAGCCGUCUGGAUAGAGUCAUGGCGAGAGUUUUCUUAGCACGCAGAGCCCCAGUCACGACGAGAGGGACUCUGUAAUGGAAUUGGAAACAAACAGGGAAUGGACGAUGGCAUGCCUUGAGCCGGGGUGUUACGGCCGUUUCUUAGAUGGGGUCGCACUUGCCCGUCACCACUGGAACCAGCACGGUGAAUACCGCAUCACGAGACAUCGGCAGAUCAAGAAGUGAAUUAGCUCGAGGGUUGGGUGCACUGGCGGGGACAUAGGUAUGAGACCUUUACGACUUCUUCUUCGGCACUGUCUGAUGAGUCGAUCCCAAUCAUAGCCCGUAUUAUUUGGAACGUCACGUCCUGUUGGCUUCGUCAAAGGAUCUACACUGUGCCACAUUUUCCCGCAAACGCUUGUAUGUCUUCUGUUUGAUUUCCUUGGUUGCCUGUUUUACAUAAUGAGUGACAGGUCGCGCGUGGACUAUCGUUAGAACACCACAUCAAGUGUUGGAAUUUUCUCAUACCAUCGCAGCGAUUGUCUCUAAGGUGAACGACCUUUCCCAGCCUUUCAUAUUUGGGCAGGAAUAGGGAGUAUAUCAGAACAUUGGAUUUCGCCGCAAAUGUUAUGAAGUUCGGCUAUGGGCAUACAUCUUGUGACUGUUUAUGGAAUGCGUUCGAUUUCUGCGCAAAAUCUCCAACCUGAGCGCCGCUUUCGCCUACCACUGCGUCGUCACCAUCUUGGGUCAAUGAUCGGAGUUUGCCCAAAGUCUUCUUUCAAUGUCACGCCAAUUG